GUGACAGCUUCUCUCUCUGCUGCUGUCCUGCUAAUCUGUGUCUGCUUCUCGUAACUGCCAAAGUUCACAGUUUGAAGGUGCAAUUAAUGCAGUCCUUCAUCAUGAAAAGCUCCAAAGAGGCCGUGCAGUCUGCAGCCAAAGAGUUCCUGCAGUUUGUCAACAAAGGAGUCUCUCCAUAUCAUGUCGUGGAGGAGUGCAAACGACGUCUGCUUCAGGCCGGCUUCAUCGAGCUGAAGGAGGCGGAGCAGUGGGACAUCAAGCCCUCCAGCAAGUACUUUGUGACCAGGAACUACUCGAGCCUCAUCGCCUUCGCUGUGGGCGGACACUUCCUGCCCGGGAACGGCUUCUCGAUGAUCGGAGCGCACACUGACAGCCCCUGCCUCAGAGUGAAGCCGAGGUCUAAGCGGACGAAGCAGGGCUGCCUGCAGGUCGGGGUGGAGUGUUACGGCGGAGGCAUCUGGAGCACCUGGUUCGACCGCGACCUGACCCUCGCCGGACGCGUUAUCAUCAAGAAUGAAGGGCGUCUGGUGCAGCGUUUGUUCCACGUGUCUCGGCCUCUGCUCCGGAUCCCUCACCUGGCCAUCCACCUGCAGAGAGACGUCAACGACUCCUUCGGCCCCAACAAGGAGAACCACCUGGUGCCCAUCAUCGCCACGGUGGUUCAGGAGGAGCUGGAGACGGGCUGUGCUUCCUCUGGUGAAGCUGCUAACACGGCGGAGAAGCACCACCCGGCGCUGGUGAAGCUUCUGUGCUCGGAGCUCGGCGUGGAGCCUGAAGCUCUGCUGGACUUUGAGCUCUGUCUCGCCGACACGCAGCCCGCGGCGUUGGGAGGAAUCUACCAAGAGUUCAUUUAUUCUGCUCGACUGGACAACCUGCACAGCUGCUACUGCGCCCUGCAGGCUGUCCGGAGUCAUGAUGUGGAACUGUGCGACCAAAGUGAAGAGAAACUGGGUUAUAACUGAACCUGGAAUUAAUAU